AAAAAAUUACGACGAAGAAAACAUUUGAAAAACAAUUUUUUUCCCACCAAAUUAAAGAGAUGUCUGACGAUGAUGACAAUGUUGAGAGCAAAUCUAGCUCUCUAGGGAUAAUAUCAGACUUUUUGUCCAGCUUUACGUCGGUGGGAAGCUCAAAUUCUGCGGCAGAAGACACAGAAUCAAAUGAAGUCGAGCAAACUGACGUCUCACAACAAGAAACUUCGACAGACACAGAGAAAAAUACUACAGAUGUUGAAUCUGGAGGAUCAAACGAUGGUGACCUUGAAGAACGUAGACAGAGCUCAUUAGAAAAGAUUACAGACUUUUUGUCAAGUUUUAAUUCUUCAGGUAGUUCAGACGACACAGAAUCAAUUGAAGUCGAGCAAACUGACUCACAAGAAGAAACGUCAAUAGACACAAAGGAAUCUGAGGAAUCUACAGACGAUGAUGGCCUUGUACAGAGCUCUUUACAUAAGAUUACAGGUGAAUUGUUGUCAAAUUUUACUUCAGAUGAUCCGUCUUCAGAGAGUAAAACAGCUGAUGAAGAUACGAGCGAUUCAAGUGUACGAGAAAGCUCUGAUUCUGGAGAUCAAAAUACUGCUAUUGAAGCAGAUUCAGGUGACACAGCAGGGGAUACGCAAAGCUCUUUUGAAAAAAUCUCAGACUUUUUAUCAAGCUUUACGUCUUUGGGGUCUGGAACUGACAGCAACAAUCAAACCGAUGAAGACAAUAGUGCUCAACAGGAGAAUGAAAAUGUCGCAAACGAAGAUGUCAUCAUCGAGGAUGAUGAUUCAGAGGAAACAAGUUUUGAAGGUCGCUCGAGGUCGUCUAGUUCACGGAUUUUUACUGAACCUGAAACUAUUAGUAAAGAGGACUUGGAUUAUGUGACUUUGGUUUCUUCAUGACACAACCCUAAAAUAAAACACUGCUUGGAUUUACUGGAUAAACAGUAAGUGUUAGUGAGAUAGUGGAUGAAGAUACAUAGAUAGAUGAGUGAUAGAUAGAUGAGUGAUAGAUAAUAUUGAGUUAGGUAGUGGAUAAGAUCUCUAGUUAACCUUGAAUGUUAUAGGAUUAUGGCGAUAGGUCAUACAAAGAAUAAUUUAUCAAUCUCAACACUAAGGUCCAUGUUCUUGACAAGAAUAAGAAGCAGAAAAACAAGUCAUUUCAGCUAUUCUUGGAACUUGRAAUGACCUAGCCCCUAUCCCUUUUUGCCUAUUGCCUAUAACCUUUGGCGAUAAAAACAUUUAUUGAAAUUUUAAACUUUCAAUUUGGGUGUGUUCAUUGGAUAUUAAGAAAGGGUUAUAAAAGUUGAUGGCCAUUUUAAUUUAAAUGUUUGAAUGUUACUUUUCUAACUAAUUUAUUCUUUUCCCCCGUGUCUGUUGCUGUUCAUAAUAUCAGGUUUUUAUGAGCAAAUUUGACCUAUCUUGACCUUGGCCCUUACUUGACUCGUAUUUGGCUCUACAGUGCAUGCAUUAUUUAACUGUUGUGUGAGACUAUUAUGCAUGGUUGAAAGGAUGUCUGGACAAUUCAUUAACAAAACAAUAAAUUAAAAGGAACAAAGACAUUUAUUAAGAUACAAAAGGAUCAAUGUAAAAAAGUUAAAGUUAACAUAAGAAAAAAACUUUACUGAAAUUAAAUUAAGAAAAAAUAUAUUAAUUUUUAUAACCCUAAGUUGUUUUAUGUACUAGUUAUACAUUUGGAAUAAGAGAUGUUUUCUUAUUUGUUGAAAAAAUAUUGAUAGGAAAUAUUGCUUUUAAAAUACAUUAUUAUACUUAUCUAAAAAUCKUUCAAAAAGGUUUUGAAAAUUUUGUGUUAAAAAAGGAUUUUCAAUAACUUGCUUGAAUAAAGCUAAAUAUACGGCUAACAAUCAUCUGAUAAUAUAUGGAUGACUAAAUACUAGAUAAAAUCUGAUUAGAUUAUUUGUAAAUAUCAAUAGAUAUAUCUUACGAAAAAGAUAUAUGUCACAUAGUCUAUAGAACCAUUUGUUAUUCAUGGAAGUGUGAAAUAAAAAUGGGUGAAAACGUG